AAAUAGUGCACGGUCAUACAGAUUUUCAGUUUUAGGGAACACAGUUUGAUGAACUUUAUCCGGAUCCUUUUAAAUUUCGAGAUUUCAGACAGUUUAAGGAUUGGUCGCCGAAGUCUUGUUUUGCUAAGCGUGCGAUAUUGAUUUUGGCGUUGAAAUCGAAGUGAGAAUAUCUUCUCUACCGCUUAUCAGACGCAUAUACAAGCACACGUACCCCCACUUACGGGCAGACAGGAAAAACAAUUUUCUUCAGGCAAUUAGAGCGUUUUCGGGCGCUGCAAGAAAGGAAACUCCAUGGCGGAUAGAGAGCGCAGCAUUCACGAGAUGUUGAAAGACGCGCCAUCUCUAAACGACAGUUGCGGUUCGGUACACACGGGAACUGAAGGUGGAAGCCUGGUCCUCGGCAGCGCCAGCAGCCACAGCAUCGCCGGAGGAGGAGGCCCCUUUGGCGCUCCCAACAGUCUGCCUCUGAGGAACCAUUCCGCACCCACCACACCCAUGUCGCCAAGCAGUCCACCAUCGGGAAACGGCAUCUUGAGCCCCACAGACAGCGGGAGCGGCAGUCUUAUACGCACUAGCGCCUCCAAAAUCGACAGUCUUAAGAACUGGAGUAUAUCAACAUACAAGUGUACUCGGCAGAUUAUGCUAGAGAAGCUAGGCAAAUCGCAGCGAACUGUAGAUUCAGAAUUAGAAGCCCAGAUCGAGCAACUGCGCGAGACCCAACGCAAGUAUCUGUCCAUUUUAAGGCUAACGCGAGCCUUCAGCUCGCACUUCCAGCACGUUGUCGUCACCCAGCAUGCCCUUGCCGACUCAUUUGCCGAUCUGGCCCAAAAGAACCCCGAACUGCAGAAAGAGUUCACUUGUAACUCGGAGACGCAGCGCAACCUCACCAAGAACGGCGAACUGCUGCUCAACGCGCUCAACUUUUUUAUUUCGUCGGUGAACACGCUGUGCAAUAAGACAAUCGACGACACCCUGCUGACGAUACGACAGUAUGAAACAGCCAGAAUCGAAUUUGAUGCCUAUCGCAUGGACUUGGAGAACACCAAGCCAGAGCUGACGCCCUCGGCUGCUGCAUUGGAAGAAACCCAGCGCAGCUAUGCGCAACACAAGGAGCAAUACGAGAAGCUACGCUCUGACGUAGCGGUCAAGAUGCAAUUCCUUGACGAGAAUCGCAUAAAAGUUAUGCACAAGCAACUGAUUCUGCUGCACAACGCUAUCGCUGCUUACUUCUCCGGCAAUGCCAUGGCAUUGGAAAGCACUCUGAAGCAGUUCAACAUAAAGCUUAAGUCACCCAAUGCCGUCACUGGAUCCUGGCUGGAACAGUAGAAUGAAAUCCCUCCCACUCUCGAAACACGUUGCAGACGGCAUUUAAGCGCAUAUAAUGGGUGGGACUUAAACCUCUAGUCCCUCCACUCACUUGCUGAACGAGCACGCUCUCUAAAAUAAAUCAGAAGCAGAGAAAAUCCAAUAUCCAAAGCACUGGAUGCUGCAUGACGAAUCGUAACAAUAUUAACGUGCUAAGUUUAAGUCGAAUUCCUAAGCCGUAAGCAGAAAGUGGAAACGGAACAGUAUGUUAUAUAUAUAUAUAUUUUUUCAGCCGCUUUCCAAUGUAUGUAACUCUCUGUAUUCCUCACAUUUCCAAACCUGGUACGACACAGUUCCUUUUAUUUUUAUUUUCCAGUUGUCUCUUUCCGUUAGAAUAACGUAUUGCGCUCUGCUUAAGAAACACUUGGUCCUUUUGGAUUAACUUACGCGAUUCUCGUCGAUGAGUUGUAUCUUAGCCAGGUCAAAGUGCAGCUUGUCGUAUUGCUCCUUGUGGUGCGUAUAGCUGCGCUGGGUUUCUUCAAAAAGUGAGCAGUACAAUAUAUAUAUAUAUGUAUUUAACCUUAUUUUUUAGUUCUAGAUAUUGUACAAUGUGUGUAUAAAUCAUUUGUAAUUCACCCAAACGAAAAUCCGUAACAAAAUCGAAAUGUUUUCGCGAGCUUGCAUAAUUUGAACUCUUUGAUUUACUAGUCAACGUAUUAUUUACACUAAAAUGAAGUCUAUAUAUAAAAAUAUAUAAAUAAAAAAUAUUUAAUUACA